UAUAAGACGGGUAGGGUACGGAACACACGAUUUACUUUUGAGUUCUCUGGAACAGCUUUGGUCUCUCUCUUCAGUGUUACAGUUAGCGAUCCAGAUCCAGAUCCAGUCAUGGCGGGUGCAGUAGCAAGAUUUGUGAAAGCGUAUGGUAAAGAUGAUAUUUGGUAUCGAUUAUCGUUGAUAGUAAUACCAGUCUCAGCUGUCCUGAUAGUAAUAGGGGAAAAUAAGCUUGCUCGUAUCAGAGAGGAGAAGAAGCUUUUGGAGGCGAGGUUUGAUCAACUGAGGGCUAGAGGAAUAAUCAGAGAGCAGUAAUCGGGGUGUUUUGGCUUUGUUUUUUUUUUUUUUCCUUCUCUAUGGGUUUAAUUAAUAUUUAUUUCUCCAUACAUGUUUCCAUGAAAUCAACCAACUCUACGUUAUAAAUGAUUUAUUCUUGUCUCUCUGUAAGACUCGAGAUAAUUCGCUAUUGAUAGAACUUCUAUGAUUCAACA